AUGCGUUGUGGGGAACUGCGUUCAACCAGUGAACUAUCCGCCGCCCCCUCCCCUCCGCCAUUCAGGCCCCCGCAUGAGACGGUAACGGCCGACCGGUGCAAGGCCAACGUAGCGUGGGUGGCGUUACUGGGCGGGGUCAUCUUCUGGGUUGUGAAGCUGGUCGCGUGCAAUCGUUCUCAAAGGUUGAACCCUCCCGUCAGGAUCUAUGAAAAGGCCGAGCCCUUCGGCUUUCCGGACGUGGCUCUUUGUCCUACCGCGGGGGGGGGGUGCGACGCGGGAGACCCCUUGCAGUGCCUGGAAGGCAUGCAGCUCUUCGUCUCUGCUCUGUCGGUUUUGUGGUCAGACGAGGUCGCCGAGACCCCGGUGUCGAGCACACGCCAGUUCAUCAACACCUUCCUUGUCGGUGAAGGAGAUGAAGACGACGACCUUGACUCAGAAAACGCGGUGGCGACGCUGGCGAGGCUCCCGUACGACCGGAUCUCCGUCGACGCCACGAACGCGUCCGAAUCCAUCACGGUCGUCUCCAACGAUGUGGUGACCACUACGGGCCAGCAAUCGCUUCAGUUUGAUAACGCCGAUCCCUUCUCCGGGGCGAUCCUGUUCGCGACGUUCAGCAUAAACGAGUUUUCUUUCCAAACGGUCGAGGAGCUCGACACUAGCGACUACGUAUCGAUGGUGGGCGCGGCCGGCGGCAUGCUAGUCAUCGUCUACGCCCUGUUCGGGCUGUUGUUUGCUCCAAGCCGUUCACCCGGGCCCAGAAGGAUCUGGCGCUUCUCCCAGAGGCGCAGGAGGAGACGCUCCAAGCUCGACUUCCGACCUGCUGACGCGGGUGCGGACGAUGCUAUCUCGGCCGCCGCCACCGUAUCUGUCGCCCGUCGCCAAUCGAUUUAG